AGGGGCCGGGUCGGGCCGUGCAAGGUGGCGCGCGGAGCGCCGAUCUCGGCGCCGGGCUACUCGCGCCGCGCCUGGCCGGGCCGCAGUGUUACUUUACAGAGUAUCAUAGAAUCGUUUCAGCUGGAAGAGACCUUUAAGAUCAAGUCCAGCCUUUGUCGAAGCCUUAUCAACCACUAGAAUGAUAUGAAGCUUGCUAAGCUGCUUUGAUUGGCAGGAGGCUGGCAUUGUGUUUAAAAUGGAAGUUGACAUAAAUGCAGAGUCCAGAACUUCUCUCUCCACCCUUCCUGUGCCUCUUGGAGAGGUGAGUCCCAUGGGCAGGAUGGAGGUAGAAAAGCCUCGCUGUUCUAGUACCCCUUGCUCACCAAUGCGACGGAUGGUUGCGGGGUAUCAGAUCCUUCACAUGGAUUCCAACUACCUGGUUGGCUUCACGACUGGAGAGGAGCUUCUAAAAUUAGCCCAGAAGUGUACAGGAAGUGAAGACAAUAAAGGAGAAUCUGGGCCAAACUUGCACUCCAGACAACUCGAUUUAGGACUUACACGUUCCUCCCGUUUGUACAAAACUAGAAGUAGGUACUACCAGCCAUAUGAGAUCCCAGCAGUAAAUGGAAGGAAGAGGAGACGGAUGCCCAGCUCAGGGGAUAAAUGCAUUAAGCCUUUACAAUACGAACCUUACAAGGCACUUCAUGGUCCCUUGCCUCUUUGCCUUUUAAAAGGUAAAAGAGCUCAUUCAAAAUCCCUGGACUACCUCAAUUUAGACAAAAUGAACAUUAAGGAACCUGCUGACACAGAAGUGCUACAGUACCAGCUCCAACACCUUAACCUUAGAGGAGAUCGUAUGUUUGCAAGAAAUAACACAUAAGCUAUCAUCUCAAAUUUAAAACAAAUUUCUGAUUAUUCCUCUCUUGCUGCAGAGACAACCACUGUUGAAUUGCAUACAUGACUGUCCACAUUGUAGGUGAUUCUAUCAGCGAAAUGUUACCAGAAGAUAAUUUAUUUGAAAAGGAUCUUGGCAAUGCAAUUUGUUACAAAUACUUGAAGGGUGAAAUGUUUUCUGAGCAAGCAGAUUCUGAUUUAAAGUUGACUGCAGCUGGUGGAUAUUUCUUUGCAUGCCUUUUAACAACAAAAAGCACUCUCGAUUUUUGGGUUGGGGAUAUUUUUUGGUACAGUUAAAUCUAACAGUAAUUUAACACUGAAAGAUCGGUGAAGUCUGCUUGUUUGUUGCUAAUUUUGACUUGAUAUUAGAAACCACUUUUCGAUAAGUACUUGAUUUUAGGAGCUUUCUUUGUUUUCCUUUUGUUUCCUGUAUUCUACGCUAAAAUGUAUGUAUUUUUUUUGCAUCAUGGAGAGGGAGGUCAUCUUGACUAAACUGGAUCACUCACUAUUUGAACUGUCCAGUUCAAAAAUUUUCAAGUUUGCUUGCACUGGUGUUGAGGUUGAGAUUCACUGACAAAACAAACCUUUGCUACUUGAAUCCUAUUGAACUAUUUUUUAGUUUCUGCAUAGAAGUAACUGCUUUGCCUCCUCUUCUGUAGAACUUGUUCAGGAUAAGUAGUCUAAAUAAGAGGAGACUGGAGGGGAAUCUCAUUGAUAUUUACAAAUAUCUAAAUGGUGGGUGUCAGGAGGUUGGGACAUCCCUUUUUUCUAUUGUAUCUAGCAACAGGACAAGGGGUAAUGGAAAGAAGCUGGAACACAAGAAGUUCCAUUUAAACAUAAGAAAAAACUAUUUUACAGUGAGGAUAAAGGAGCAGUGGAACAGGCUGCCCAGGAAAGGUGUGGAGUCUCCUUCCUUGGAGGUCUUCAAGACCUGCCUGGACGUGUUCCAAUGCGACCUGAUCUAGGUUGACCUGCUUCUGCAGAGGGGUUGGACUAGAUUAUCUCUAACGGUCCCUUUCAACCCCUGCCAUUCUUUGAUUCUGUGAUUUAGGUUAUUAAAAGCAAAUCUUUUUGGGAGUAAAGAGAGGUUUUCAUUGUUUAUUUUUUACGUUGACACACAAACAAGGUUUCACUGCAAAUUCCAGUGAAUAUACUGAGAUGUCUGCACUGAUAUAACAGUAUAAAACGAUAACAGUUUUUCUUUUUAAUUCAUUAUUUCUGUACCAUGUAUAGUAAAGGGAGAUGUCAAAUAACUUCAGCAUUGCUUUGGAAAUUCAGUUGAUUUGAAGCACUAAACACUUGAGAUCAGGAAGGUCAAUUAAAAAAAAAAAAUUAAUUUUUUUUCAUGGAAUGCAAGGGAAAUGUUUCUGUGUCACCAUUGAAAGGAUGAUCCUGGAUUAUUCAGUAGAGUAGGUUGAAUACGCUGGCUUACUUUUCUUACUUAGGAAUUUUUUAACCAAACAUGAGAUGUGCUUUUGACAGCUGUACUCAAAACACUUUAACUUCUAUUUAAAAGCAAUUUUCAGACCUUUUUUAGGUACAAUCUUUUCCUGAAGAAGCGUGCAGCUUGCUUUUGUCUUAUGACCUCUUUAAAAAUAAAGUCACAUUGUUUUGAAACAUACAUUAUUUUAUCAGUUGUUUCUGGUAGAAGUAAGGAGUUCUUUUGUUUAUCAUGCACAAUGAAUAAAAAGCACUAGUUAGUGCACGCACUGUGGAAAAUGAAGAGUUCUCAUUCUGUCGCCUACUCCACAGUUGUAAAUGAAGGCAGCCCAAUAGUCUGCAUUUUGCUGGUUUAGUAUAAUUUUUUUUAGGUUUACUAGAGUCUUUACUAUAAACCACAGUUAACAAAAGUUAACUACACUUGUGUAAAAUUAAUGUAUUGAGCAAUGAUCUCAAAAGUAAAAUCUUCCUGUUUAGUCUUUUAAAUUGAAAAACAAAGUAUGGUCAGAUGCCAAAGAGAUAAGAGCUUUGUUUAAGUAGUAAACACCACUGUUUACUGAAAUACCCCAUGAAAAUGUAUUUCUGUCUGACAAAUAAAAAGGGUAGUAUAAACACCUGUUGUGGAGUCAUUUGCUGUGUAGGAGAAAGAGGACAUUUGAAUUAUACAACAUUAAACAUGAAAUAGACCUUAAGUUAGUUGCUUUGUUUCAGGAAACAGGCCAUGCAAUUAUUAAUGUUGUAUCCAUGUUUCUAAUGUCAUCCUGUGCUGUAAUCUUAUAGCUACAUGAACAGAGUAGUCGAUGGCUAUCUAGCCAAGUUCAAACAUAAAAAAUGUGUUAGUACUUUGGUGGUUUGUUUGUGAAAGUGCUAAUGUAUGGUCAUACUGUUUUCUUAACUCGUACACACUUGCAGCUCUUAUAGCAUAUCCUCAUUCAAGAACCCAAUGUUUUGUGAGUUCGUUUUGCAAUAUUCUUCAUCAAAACUCAUAUCCACGAGAUGUUCCUGGUUUUACCUUUAAAUUAAGCUCAAUAUCGGCCAAAUGAAAGCUUUUGAUCUUACCUAAUUUUGGCUGUUUAUAAUGUCUUCCAUUAGUCUUUCAAAAUCAAGCGUGAGAUGG